AUGGGGUCGAGCGAGGCGGAGAAGCCGCUGCGUCGCAUCGCGGCGUCGUUCGAGGAGCUCGCCGCCGUCGCCAAGCAGCAGCCCGCGGCGUCCAUGGACGCCGGGGCCUUCUCGCGCGCCUGCUCCAACGUCUCCGUCCUCUUCGGCUGCCUCGGCAUCGCCUUCAAGUUCGCGGAGAUGGACUACGUCGCCAAGGCACGCCUCCUCCCACUCCCCGUUGAUGAUUUGGUGGAAGCGUCCAAGUCAAUUUCAACAUUGCCUUCUAUGGUUGAGCUAGACAUUCAGACUGACACUGUCAGGAAACCAGGUAGCCAUACAAGGAAUCUGCUUAGAGUGAAGCGUGGGAUUGAUAUGGUUAAAGUCCUGUUUGAGCAAAUUCUUCUCACAGAGGGCAACUCACUAAGGGAUGCAGCAUCAGUAGCUUAUGCUCAGGUCUUUGCUCCUCACCAUGGAUGGGCAAUAAGGAAAGCAGUUGCUGCUGGAAUGUACGCCCUUCCCUCAAAAUCCCAGCUGUUGAAGAAAUUGAAUGAAGAUGAGGAAUCAGCAAAGGUUCAAAUGCAGAACUUUGUCAGGUCAUCAGCUCCAGUAAUCUGCUAUGUUGAAGACCUUUUCACCUCAAGGAAUUUGGGCAUAGAUUGGUGA